AUUCACAAAUUCAUAUCGGCCUCCUUUUUCUCUCAUCUUCUCGCUAACCAAACACCCAAAUCCUUCCAUCUUUCACAGCAAGACCAACUCCAAAUGGCUCGUACUAAGCAGACUGCCCGUAAGUCGACCGGAGGCAAAGCGCCACGCAAGCAGCUGGCCACGAAGGCUGCCCGUAAGUCAGCCCCGGCGACCGGAGGGGUGAAGAAGCCUCACCGUUUCAGGCCAGGAACUGUGGCUCUGAGAGAGAUCAGAAAGUACCAGAAGAGCACUGAGCUCCUGAUCCGCAAGCUUCCAUUUCAAAGGCUUGUGAGGGAGAUCGCUCAGGAUUUCAAGACCGAUCUCCGGUUCCAGAGCAGUGCCGUGGCGGCGCUGCAGGAGGCGGCGGAGGCCUACUUGGUGGGUCUGUUCGAGGACACCAAUCUCUGCGCCAUUCAUGCCAAGAGAGUCACCAUUAUGCCCAAGGACAUCCAGCUCGCGCGUCGGAUCAGAGGCGAGAGGGCUUGAGGAGAUUCAGAGAGCAAUUUAGGAAUUAUCUAGUCUAUGAUGUUUAAACGGCAUGUAGUUAGUUGUAGAUGUUUGCUUUAUGCCUUAGUCUUUGUUUUGGCUUGUUCUGAGACGACAAGUCGUUGAACCAUUCAGUUGGGUUUGUGUAAUGCUGGGGCGUAAUAAGGAUUUGAAAUCUAAUGGCUAGUUGGAUUUGUGUUGAUA